GGUCAGGAGGAUCAUAUGAGAGGGGGGUGAGUUCUAUUCAUCUCGAAGCUCAGGCCACUCAGGAAGGCGGUUCCCAUACCUUCUAAGUACGACGGGAAAGAAGACGUUGAGUCCUAGAUCAGCUCCAUGAGAGCUUACUUCGAGGUGCUGAGAACUCAACCGGUGAGCCAGUCCUUGAUCAUGGGGACCAACAUCGAGCCUGUCAUACGAGGCUUCUUAGAAGUCCAAGCUACGCAAGUCGGGUACGCUAAGAUCAAUCUAACACAGUGGCUCAAAGCCACACCCAUAGAGGAGAUCCUUAUCAAACAAUUUAAGGAUCCACAUGCUGCCGCAAGAACCCGAAAGAGACUUGAUGAUCUCAAGCGCAGCAAGCGGACGGGCACCAUGCAUAAUCUGCAGUUGUUUGUCAACAAACUUUUUGCCACUCCAGGAUUGGAAAUGACUGCACAAUCAUGUCUGGAUGUUGUGAAAGGUACGGUUCCCACUACCUACAUGCAUCGCCUAGGCAAAGAGCUCAUUGGUUACACGGACUGGCUUUCCCUCAUGCAAGACGUGGUCAGCCUUGAGGCACAAGACCUCAUUACCACAACGGGCAGGAAAAAGCCUACUGGCGGCAGGCGGUUCAGAGGCAGCAACCGUUUUGUUGUGCAUGACCUGUUGGAGGCCGAUGAGGAGGCCUAUGUAGACGACCCCACUCUUGGUGACGACCAAGAACAGGACCCUGUCACCGCCUACUCUUCAGCCCAUGACUCUGAUGUGAAUAAUGAAGAGGAAAAAUUAAAUGCCUUUAAAAAGUCUGCCAACGUAAAGGGACCGAGCUGGAAUUCAGGGAAGAACUAUGUCCAACUUCCCAAGGGAGUCAAAAUCCCAGUGAAACCGGAGGAUGCAGCCACUAAACCAUGGGUUGACCUCCGGAUCACUGAAAAUGAUUGGAGGGAUAGGCUCAAGAAGGGGAAAGGAGGCAAGCUCCGCACGUGUAUUGACUACCACGGUCUAAACUGCAUCACAAGAAAGAACACCUACCCAUUGCCUCUCAUAGAUGACUUGCUUGAUGUUGCAAGUGGGUGCAAGGUCUUCUCCAAGAUCGACCUCAAGUCUGGCUAUCACCAGAUUGAAGUCGAUCCUGCCGACCAGCACAAGACUGCGUUCAAAACACGCGAUGGGCUUUACGAGUUUACCGUAAUGCCCCUCGGUUUCACGAACGCACCGGCCACCUUCCAAAGCCUCAUGGAUAAGGGCUUUCGUGAACAGAUUGGCCGGUUGGUGGUGGUAUACCUUGAUGAUAUACUGAUCUUCAGCAAAUCCAUGGAGGAACACAUAAAGCACCUUGAGGAAGUGUUCACCAUCCUCAAGAAGACGCAACUCCAUCUCAACGUAGAGAACUCUGAGUUUGGGAGGGAUAGCGUCAUCUAUCUUGGGCAUCAAUUGUCUGUUGCAGGCCUAGAGCCUGAGGCAACCAAGGUGGAGGUCAUACGCAAUUGGCCUCAGCCCGCGAACAUCCGCGAACUGCACUCUUUCCUUGGUCUCGAGUCAUACUACCGGAAGUUUGUGCCCCGCUUCUCUAUUAUUACUCGCCCGUUGUCCCGGUUAACGAGUAAGAACGUCCCCUACACUUGGGAUACCGCAUGCGAGGAUGCCUUUCAAGCUUUGAAAAAAGUUUUGGUAAUUUACCCUAUACUCCGCAUUGCAGAUUCCAAACUGGCAUUCGUAGUUACUACGGAUGCAAGCCAGUAUAGAAUUGGCGCAGUGUUGCAGCAAGAUGACGGCGAUGGCUUGCGGCCGCUCGAAUUCUUCAGCAAACGCAUGCCCAACGAAAAGGUAGCCACUUCCACCUACAUGCGCGAGCUCUAUGCUUUGCGUAUGGCUUUGGACCAUUGCAAGCACUAUCUCUUGGGACGCCACUUAAAAGUGUUCUCAGAUCAUGAGACUCUGAAGUGGAUCAAAGAGCAAACUACCGUGUCCCCUAUGUUACUUCGCUGGUUCCAUGAAAUUGACAUUUUUGACUUUGAGUUUAGGCACAAAAAGGGUUGUUAUAAUCGAGUUGCUGAUGCAUUGUCUCAUCACCCUGAGUACAUGACUUGCCUUGUGAAUUCCUACAACCUCCGGAAGAAACUGAAGGAGGAGCUCGUAGAGCACACUGCCAAGGAUCCGGCCCUUAGUCCCAUCCUUGAGCAGCUGAGGGCUGACCCCAACAAUCAGCCUGAUUUUCAUGUGUAUGGAGGACUGGUUUUCCAUCGCUACGGGAACCACGACUGUUUGUUUGUGCCCAACCAUGAGCCUCUCCUCAUGCACUUUCUGGACUUGGCUCAUGACUAGAGUGGACACUUCGACAUGGCAAAGACAUACGGAAACCUAUUGAGACAGUUUGAUUGGCCUGGCAUGAAGGGAUCUACUGAAAAGUUUGUGGUUGAAUGUCAAGUCUGUCAACAAAUCAAACCAUGUAGA